AUGGGUCUCUUCCAUCAUCACAACAAUCAUCACCACGAGCACCCUCAAGGCGGCCCUGGCUCCCAGGGCGGACCGGGCGGUCCUGGUCAGGGCGGAUUUGGCGGUCCUCAGGGCGGUCUCCCUGGCGGCGGCCCUCACCACGGUGGUCCCGGCAGUCCCGGCGGUCCUGGAGGACCCGGAGGCCCUGGAGGCUUUGGUGGCCCUCAUGAAGGAGGUCCUCACGGCGGACACGGCGGACAUGGUGGCCCCCAGGGCGGUCCCGGAGGCCCUGGUCAACAUGGCGUUCAACACGGCGGUCCCCAUGGUGGUGGUCCUGGUGGCCCCGGUGGUCCUGUAAGUACAACAAGAAGCCAAUAA